GUCGCUAGCCCGACACACCACAUACAUAGCUUGACGCUAUCCCCCGCUCACUCCAUACCAAGCAACCAAGAAUGUUCGCCUCACUGCUCGCUCUUGCCCUCGCGGCUCCCUUCGCAUCUGCCCUCCUCAUCCACGACAUCCAAGUCGGCGGCCCCGGCACCCUUACCUUCUCCCCAUCCAACAUCCAGGCCAGCCCGGGUGACAUCCUUAACUUUGUCUUCCAGCAGGUCAACCACACGGCCACACAAUCCACCUUCGCCAACCCUUGUGUCCCGAUGAUGGAUGCCAAUGGUAACGCGAUCGGAUUCGACUCUGGCUUCAUGCCCGUCCCCUCCACGCAGACAGCCAACUUCCCCUCCUACCAGGUAACGGUAAACGCCACCACUCCCCUGUGGGUCUUCUGCCGGCAAAACGGGCAUUGCGGGAAGGGCAUGGUCUUCAGUGUCAACGCCCCUGCUACGGGCAACACGUUCGACGCCUUCCAGGCCGCGGCUAUGGCUCAAAACGGGACGGCCUCUGCUCCUGCCCCUCCGACGAGCGCGAGUGCGGCUCCUUCUGCGAGUGAUACGGCCACCCCUACCGGUAUGCAAACUGUCGUGGGUGCUGCUCCUACCGCUGGCGCCAGCUCGGGUAGCCCGACGGAUCACCGUGUCAUCGUCGGCGGGACUAACGGCCUUGUCUACACCCCCAACACAGUCGUGGCCAACCCUGGGGACACAGUGACGUUUGAGUACCACGCUGCGAACCACACAGCGACGCAGAGCAGCUUCGCAGACCCUUGUCGGAAACUGUCGCUCACUUCUACCACUGGCCAGGUCGGUUUCGACUCUGACUUCCAACCCGUCUCUGCCGACGCGACCGUCUUCCCUACGUACACGAUGAUGGUGAACUCCACCACACCAAUCUGGGUGUACUGCCGCCAAACCGGCCACUGCGGGAAAGGCAUGGUAUUCGCCGUGAACCCACCCACGACGGGGAACACCUACGCCGCGUUCAUGCAGAAUGCGCUUAUGCUGAACGGGACUGGGACUACGGGUACGACUGCUCCUACGAGCGGGGUGGGGAAGAACGCUGCUGCUGGAGGAGGACUUGCCCUUCUCCUGGUUACGGGUGCGCUCUCCCUGCUGCUGUAAGGGUGGAAUCGUGCAAGGACAAUCUUUCAUUCUUGGACUACUGGCUUGGUAUCCUCAUUUCCCCUUUUGUUGUGGACUGCUUGUACUAGGCUACGCUGUGCGUGGGAUCUUAAUGGAGC